CUAAACGCUAGCUUGCCGAGUUACGAGCGACGGGUUAAUUUGGGGGAUGGAAACGGCUUCCAGCAACCCCAAACCGCCCUCUUUCGAGGGGUACGAACCCGUAAAUUGCGACGACCCGCCUUCGGACGAUGGGGAAGUAGACGUGUUUGGGGACCUGGCUGCCCUACCGGUGGAAGUUUGUGAGAGAAGACCCACAUGCGUGCGAUGCCGUCGCCCUCAGAAGGUGUGUCUCUGUCCCUUUCUGCCAGUACACCCUUUGGACGUGUCCACAUGUCUGUACAUAGUGCAGCAUCCAGCAGAAGAGAGCAGGGUACUUCGCACGGUGCCUCUACUUGCUGCUUGCCUGCCACCACGGAAAUGCAACGUUUUAGUUGGAAGAAGAUUCACUGAAGAGAGGCACCCAGAUCUAGCCGCAGUGUGUCAGGACAACAAAACCUUGAUCCUUUACCCUGGACCAAGUGCCCAAAAUCUGGAAGAGUUAGUGCAGGACCAGGGAGAUGGAACCGAUGAAGAAAGGAGCACCGUGAGAUAUAACGUCAUCAUCAUAGAUGGCACCUGGAGCCAGGCUAAAGACAUGUUUCUCAGAAACAGCCUGCUGCACCUGCCGAGGCAGGUGCAGCUGAGUAGGGCUCUGUCCAGUCAGUACGUGAUCCGCACACAGCCCACCAACAUCUGUCUGUCCACCUUGGAAUGCGCUGCUGUUGCCCUGUCCAUACUAGAACGGAAUGAUGACAUCCAAGAGGUUUUAUUGAAGCCCUUGAGAGCUCUCUGCUCCUUCCAGCUGCAGCAUGGUGCUCAGGUUCAUCAUAGCAAGGAGCACCUACUGAGAAACGGCAUGUAUGACAAACCUAUGCCCAAGAACAAACGGAAGAUAAAGAGAAUGGAGAAACUUGUCUCCGACAAAAACAUUUGCCCAAGAUGAGGAAUUCUCUUGCCCUACAAAAGGGCGGUUAUAUCAGCGCUGGAAAUUAAGGAUGCCCUGUUUUCCCUGGGACAACACAAGUAGCACCUGAGACACAAAGAUCGGUGUCUGGGACAAUUCUGGGACAGUGGAGAAACGCAUCAUUAAAAAUGAAAGAAAGUUGAAUCAGUUCAUCUGGACACAACGUUUAUGGACAGAAACGUUUUGUCAUUCAUCUAAGUGACCUCUUCAGUCUAAACUGACUGCAGGUGUCCCACCCUUAUAAACGAUACUGUUGCUUAACGACCAAAACCAACGACCAGUUUCAUACGCAAAUAGACGUGACCAUUAACUGGAGUUCCAAUGGUCAUGUGGACUAUUCACAGAGGAUUUGGGAAUGUUUACAAUCACAGCAUUGUAAGAUGGUGAGUACACCCCCCUUUUUUAUUCUUUGCAAUUGUAUUUGGCCAAUUACCCCACUCCUCCAAGCUGUCCUGGCCGCUGCUCCACCUCGUCUACCAAUCCAGGGAGGACUGCAGACUACCACAUGCCUCCUCCGAUACAUGUGGCGUCACCAGCCGCUUCUUUUCACCUGACAGUGAGGAGUUUCACCAGCGGGAUGUAGUGCUUGGGAGGAUCACGCUAUUCCCCCCAGUCCCCCCGAACAGGUGCCUCGGCCGACCAGAAGAGGCGCUACUGCAGCGACCAAGACACACACCCACAUCCGGCUUCCCACCCGCAGACACGGCCAAUUGUGUCUGUAGGACACCCGACCAAGCCGGAGGUAACGCGGGGUUUAGAACCGGCGAUCCCGUGUUGUUAGGCAACGGAAUAGACCGCUACGCCACCCAGAUGCCCAGAUGGCGAGUCUCAAUCUUACAAAGCAUUCCCAAAUCCUCUGUGGAUAGUACACAUUGUCAUUGUUGCUCUAGA